CAUUAGGUGUAUACAGCUAUUUGCCUUUUUCCAUCUUCUCUUUCUUUCUUCCUAAUGAACAGUUCAGCUCUGUGUAUUUCUUGGAGUCUAACGAUGGGGAAGAGAAUAAUUCUUUUUCCUCUAUUUUUUGGCUUCCAAAAUUUUAAUGUGUUGAGGAGGAAAGAAGGGUAAUAAUUCCUCCUGUACAAGGUGAAAUCUGUUGCAGUCCAAGUUUGAAAAAGAUUAAAGCUUUUAUUUAUUUAUUUUUUUAUGGAGAAUCAUGAUAAAGAUUGAAGCUUAAUUUAUCUGUCUUCUACAUGGAUAAUCAUUAGGCCAUGCCAUGACCCAAUCUUCUUGUUCCAGUCUCACCCACCACACCCACCAAUCAAAUGAAGUCAAAGCCUAGCCAUCUUAAUUCCUUGACACGGUGCCUAAAUUCAUUAACUAGUUAAAAUAGCUUCCAAAUAAUGCAAUCUUGGACUUAUUUUUUAUUUUUUCAAACACGACUCCUAUUUUUACGGAAGUCUAUUCUAUUUAUAUGCUUCAGUACCCUCCUGAAUCUGAGAAAGAGAUCUCACCAACUCUUGGCUAUGAUGCCCUACUUUUUUCUGUAGCCCUUUUUAAUACAAAAUGCUACAGUGAAUAUAGUUCACACCAGCAUUUUUUUUUUUUUCCUUUUAUAGUUUAUGUUUUGCCUGCUUAUGGAUUCAACUUGGCAUUUUAAUUUUUUAUUUUCUUCAAAACCAAACCCUUCAAACCUUAUCUGAGAGUUUUUGGCUAUAAAAUGAAUUAACUAGGUGUAAUUCCUAUCCAACAACUUUGCUUGCCAUAUUCUCUCCUAAUUCUGGGUUGUUGGUGGGUUUUUUUUUUUUUUUUAAAUAUUUUCUUUCAUUUUGCCUGUCCUUAAAUUCUUGUCCCAUCAAUACCCACUCAUCAACUGUCUUUUACGAUAUUUGUUUGCUUUCAAUCAACGUUGCUUUUAUUCUCAUUUUAAUCUUCUCUAUUGAUUUUUGGCCUAAUGGGUCACGUUGGAUUAUUGAAUAGUUCUGCAAUGGUUUGUGCUCCACUAAUGGCUCAAUCUGUUGAGCAAAUGGUUAGGGACAUGUACAGUGCAAAGUCACAGGGUGCUGAUGUUGUUGAGGUCAGGUUGGACUACAUCAAGAACUUUCAGCCUGGCCAAGACCUUGAAACCAUCCUCAGAAAGAAGCCCUUGCCAGUGAUUAUUGUGUAUCGGUCAAAAUGUGAAGGUGGUCUUUUUGAAGGAGAUGAGCACACGAGGUUGGAAGUACUUCGUUUGGCUCAUGAACUGGGAGCUGAUUAUAUUGAUUUAGAACUCAAGGUGGCUUCUGAUAUGAUAGGGGAACUGAAAAAGACACAUCAAACUGAUAGCAAAAUUAUUGUAUCAUGUUAUCUCACUGGUGCAACCCCUCCAAAAGAAAAUCUUAGCCAUCUGGUUGGGAGCAUGCAAGCUGCUGGAGCAGAUAUUAUCAAACUUGUUUCAAAUGCAAAUAAUAUUACAGAACUGCAAAGAAUUUUUUAUUUGCUUUUACAUUCUCAGGUGCCAUUAAUUGCAUACUCUGUAGGAGAAAGAGGUCUCAUAAGCCAAAUAUUGUCCCCAAAAUUUGGUGGUUCUUUAGUCUAUGGCUCCAUAGAAGGAAAUUUGAUUCCUGGUCUGCCUACUUUAGACAGCCUUAGAGAAGCCUAUAAGGUUGAGCGCAUCAAUUCAGAUACUAAAGUUUUCGGUCUAAUUUCUAAACCAGUUGGCCACAGCAAAGGCCCCAUAUUGCAUAAUCCUACAUUCAGACAUGUAAACUAUAAUGGAAUAUAUGUGCCCAUGUUUGUUGAUGAUCUCAAGGAAUUCUUUAGUGUCUACUCUAGCCCUGACUAUGCCGGUUUUAGUGUUGGAUUUCCAUACAAGGAAGCUGUUGUUGAGUUUUGUGAUGAAGUUCAUCCACUUGCUAAGUCUAUAGGUGCAGUUAACACCAUUGUUAGGAGGCCUAGUGAUGGGAAGCUGAUAGGUUAUAAUACAGACUGUGAGGCUUCGAUAACUGCAAUUGAGGAUGCUCUAAAAGAACAAGGUUACAUCAAUGGCAGAACAUCUUUCAGCUCUUCAUUAGCUGGAAGACAGUUUGUGCUAGUUGGUGCUGGAGGGGCAGGACGAGCACUUGCAUUUGGUGCUAAAAGUAGAGGAGCCCGUAUAAUCAUUUUCGACAUUGACUUUGAGAGAACAAAGUCUUUAGCUCAUGCUGUUUCGGGUGAAGCUCAGCCUUUCAAAAAUCUGGUUCAUUUUCGGCCAGAAACUGACGCUAUCCUUGCGAAUGCAACACCAUUGGGGAUGCAUCCAAAUACAGAGAGAAUUCCUGUGGCCGAGGAAACUUUGGGAAUCUACCAGCUGGUCUUUGAUGCUGUGUAUACACCUAGAAAAACCAGACUAUUAAAAGAAGCUGAAGCAGCAGGAGCAAUCAUAGUAAGCGGAGUCGAAAUGUUUCUCAGACAGGCAAUCGGCCAGUUCAACCUCUUCACAGGCAGAGAAGCGCCAGAAGAUUUCAUGCGAGAGAUUGUUUUAGCCAAGUUCUGAUGCAUUGCAUCGCAAAAAAGAUUGUUGUAAUUGGAAAUUUCACCGUCAUUUAACUGCAAAUGUAUUAUUGAUAAACCUAACCUAAUAAAUUGUUCAAACUAGUUUGAACAGUAUUUAAAGAAGAA